AUGGCGACAUCGACCAGCGAUACGGCAAGUCACCUACCGGGUCUACCAAGCGAAGUUCUUCAGAUGAUCUUCAAAGAGGUCUUCAAGGGCCUGCAUCUUGACUGCAAAUACAGCCCUGUCAGCAGCAUCACACGGAUAACAUAUCCCUCUUCCAUCAUCGUAUCGAAGCAAUACCUUGCAGAAGCCAUGGCCGCAGUCCUCCAAGAAGCCACGAUCGACCUGGGCAGACAGAAGUUCAACCAAGCCCGGGGUCUGCCCUACUCGUUUCCGGGCUUUCAAAACGUCCAGCACAUCAAAGCCCCUCUCUGGCAUCACACCCUCCCCGGUGCCGCGUUAGCCGCUGUCAAGGCCGCACCCAGGCUGCUGACCUUGACCCUGACUCUGGAGUAUCCGUUCUGGCUGUGGCAUAGUUCGGGCAGCUGGAAAUUCGCGUCCGGCUCCUUUGGAUCGAACGCUGCCCAGCUCGUUCUUGAGACUAAGGGCGUCGAGGUCUUCAAGUCUAAGUUCCAAAGCUUCCUGAGUCACAAGCUCCAACCAUUCUGGAGGGAUAUCAUCAGAGAGUGGUCGCAAAGACACGAGGCUUUCCAAAUCUGCAUGGCGGCUGAUCUGACGGCACAGACCACUGACUUGAAGUCGUUUCAUCUUUCGACCGCAAUCUUCAGCACGCGCACUGGCGCUCUCGCCUUGAUGCCGGGCAAAGAUAAUGUCAAUCCGGUCAAGGACAAACCGGAGUUCGUGGUACCCCUAGAUCCAUCAUUCUUCAGAGGUCUGAUCGGCGGAUACGUUAACUGA